AUGGCCUUCCUGGGCGAUUGUAUGGUAUUCUUUGCCGGCGGCUGGCUCUUCUUCAACAAGGAGCUCUUCAAGCACUAUGAGAUACGCCACAUAUCCGUUCAGCUGAUCUUUUCAUCCACAUUCGCCUUGUCCAUAACCAUGUUUGAAUUGAUCAUAUUCGAAAUCAUCGACGUUCUGGAGUCCAGUUCGAGAUACUUCCAUUGGCGACUGGGCCUCACGUUGCUGCUCCUUAUGACGACGGCUGUGAUACCUAUAUACAUUUGCUAUUCUGUGAUACACAGCAUUUCCUUCUUUUCCGAUAGAUGGGUCAGAAUUCUGACCACAUUCUGUUGGUUUGUCUUUCUCUACGGACUGUGGCGGAUUGGCGAGCCCUUUCCCUUGCUGAGCGCCUCCCAUGGCAUCUUUACGAUCGAACAGGGCGUUUCCCGGAUUAGUGUGAUUGGGGUCACCGUAAUGGCCAUACUCUCCGGCUUCGGUGCCGUCAACUAUCCCUACACCAGCAUGGCCUACUUCAUCAAGCCAGUGUCUCGAAAUGACAUCAUCUGCUUCGAGCGACGAUUGGCCCUGACGGUAGACAUGCUGACGGCCAAGAAGCGUAGGAUUGCCCUGGCCGUCUAUAAUCACAACAAGCUGCAUCCAGCCAAACCUAGAAUUUGGGAUAUGCUAACCUCGGCAGUGCAACGCAACACGAGCAAUGGCGAAGACAUCAAUCAGUUAAAGCAGGAAGUUUACGGCUUGGAGGAGCUGUUACGCUCUGUUUUCUUGGAAUUAAGUUCCUUGAAAAACAUGGAAGAACGCCAAAGGUGGUCUCAAACGUUGAAGGGAAAGUAUUUCAAUGUCCUGGGACACUUUUUCAGUGUUUAUUGUGUCUAUAAGAUAUUUAUGUGUUGCAUCAACAUCAUCUUCGAUAGAGUGGGUCGCAAGGAUCCAGUGACACGUGGCCUAGAGAUUGCCAUUCAUUGGUGUGGCUUUGACAUAGACUUUGCCUUUUGGAAUCAGCACAUAUCAUUUCUGCUCGUCGGCUGCAUUGUGGUCACCUCUAUAAGGGGUUUGUUGCUUACUCUCACAAAGUUCUUCUACCGCAUUUCAUCGAGCAAGUCGAGCAACAUUAUCGUGCUGAUUUUGGGACAGAUCAUGGGCAUGUACUUCUGUUCCUCGGUGCUGCUGAUGCGCAUGAAUAUGCCAGCCGAGUAUCGGGUGAUCAUCACGGAAGUUCUAGGAAAUCUUCACUUCAACUUCUAUCACCGUUGGUUCGACGUCAUAUUCCUGGUCAGUGCUUUGACCACCAUCAUUGUUCUCUAUCUGUCUCGCAAGCCAGUUCGCGUGGACGAUUCCGAUCUGCACUGAUUCAAGCUUGAGCGCUUGGGAGAGCCCUGCAGCUCUUCUUUUAGGAUAAGCAGAAUUGAUUUAGAAUCAGUUAGCCUAAUUAUUGCAAGCUUUAAGUUAUGUAAAUCCGUGUAUAUACAUACCAGUGUGUAUAUAUGUAUGUAAUGCAGAAUAAGAUAUUUAACUCUAUAGCGAUGCACAAAAAUCAAAGUUACAUAUGUUUCUUUAAGUGAAAUAAAGCAACGAACUGUUACUCUCUAGAAAAGUACUGGGAAA